GUAACUCUGUACCCCCGAAUGGCUUCUUUUGUUGCUGAUUGAUCUGCUCCGUUGCUUAUCCUUUGUGGGGUCGUUUAUCUAUGCGGUGUCGAUCAUGAAUAGUACUAGAUAUCGGGGACCGCCUCUCGCACUGGCAAGAUCGACUACUUCAAAGUGCUCUCUCAGAAUCGUUUUUGCAGAUGGAUAUACAAGAGACGGUGGUAUAUACCUACAACUUACAGGUUGAGUCUGCUCCCCUGCAAUUCUCCGUGCUCGUCGAACCUGAAGCAGAUCACCCCAAUCACUACACCCUGACACUUUCAAUGAAAGUUGGUCAUGUUGAAAGAGCGCUCUGUACUCCAGUCACCCUGAGACUAUCAAUAGACCCCCGGCGGCUGGACUUCUCUGUUUUCGUCUUUCCUCCACGAACGUGUUUACCAGCUGGCUGUCUCUACAACCUUCGCGUUUGGCUCCUGACUGCAGGGAUCGACCAUCGGAUAUUUAGCGAUAACGAUCUUUGGAUUGGGAGAGAUCCCGAUUUUCUAUCCGUCGGAGACGCUUCAUUUGCUGUACUGCGAAAUGCAACACAAGACAUGCUGAUAUAUCAGGGCAUCGUAGGUCGUGCACACGUUAGCUUCAUAAUAAGAUGGAAGCUCGUAGAAGUCGGCCUAUACAGUCUCUCCCUAGAGUACGAAGCAGGAGGCGCCGGCCGAACACUCUUCGAAGAUUACUACAUGAGACUAGAAUGCGAACCACAAGUCGUCUCAUUCCUGAUCUACGCCAUACCCGUAACUUCAACACCUGCCGGCGCAUCCCACCGCCUCCGCUUCUGGCUCCGUACACCCUUCCUAUCGCAGUCCCCCGCCUCCUCCACCGUCUCUCAGUCCGAAUCAUACAUCUACCAGCGCAUAUGGAAAUCAGAUGAUUUCAAGAUAGGCGCUGGUCUCAACUUUGAUGCACUAGGCUCAAAACUCGUGAUGGGCGUCCGCGAUCCAGAUUCACCGCGAAUAGAACGUGAUCUUCCGUGUUUGAACCCUAGUCGACGCCGGAGCUUGCGGAUACCUACGAAUGCGAUUGGUAGCUCGUCUCUGUCACACAAUUUUUGAUCCCACCUUACAUAUUUAUGAACCUGAUUAGUAUACUUCUCAUCUCACGACAGUUCUGACAUGCACGUUUAUUUCAUGUAUUUAUUCACAUCUCACAUGUAACAUCGAAGAAAAUUUAUAGUUCAUACGUAAACUACGAUACAAAAUUGUGUCUGUGGAUUUUAAAAUGCCGAAAUACGAAGGAAAAAUAUCGACGCUGCCAAAUUUGAGUGCCAAGACGA